GAUUUAUUUAAUUCAAUCACGGUGAACAAAUGAGCUACUAAUCUAAAAUGAAUCAGAUGUGAUCGACGAUAUUGGACGAUAUUUAAAGCGCCUUCUUUUAUCCGGCAUGUUUCUUUGGUUAUGUUAAUUCAUCAUGAAUUGGCGUAACGAGAAAAUUUAACGAUCCGUUAACACGAUAGUACUAAUGAUGCUAUUUCAGCUGAUAGUAUUGAAACGAUUACUUGUGCACAUUCUUUUAUCAAAUCCUGUUAUCUCCUCUUAGGAAAAUUAUGAAUAAAUGGAAAUCAAUUUUGAGAACAGUUCCUUUGAGGCAGUGAUGGCUGUCAAGGGGCUGGUUGCAGCAAUUGUUCAGUUUUUAACUCAACAAUUGGAGGAAGGAGAUAUUACAGAUGAGUCAAGAGAGAGUCUCGAAGUAGCAAUACAAUGUUUAGAGAGUGCUUACAGUGUGCAAGCAUCCAAUGCACCAGCAAGUUUUAAUUUAUACGAGAUGUACAAAUCGGCUAUAGAAAAUACAAAGACUCAGUUACCUCCAGAAGCUACUCCAGAAGCCAAGGCUGAAGCUGAGAAAUUAAAAAAUGAAGGAAACGCUUUAAUGAAAGCUGAAAAACAUCAUGAAGCUCUUGCCAAUUAUACAAAGGCAAUUUUAUUAGAUGGUCGCAACGCAGUAUAUUAUUGUAACCGUGCUGCAGCAUGUAGUAGAAUUGGUAAUCAUCAACAAGCGAUUAAAGAUUGUCAGACAGCAUUAUCCAUUGAUCCUUCAUACAGCAAAGCAUAUGGGAGAUUAGGUUUAGCAUAUUCUAGUUUGAAUAAACAUAAAGAGGCUAAGGAAGCUUAUCAGAAAGCCUUAGAAAUGGAACCCGAUAAUGAUAGUUACAAAAACAAUUUACAAGUAGCAGAAGAAAAGUUGGCCCAGCCAAACAUGAAUAAUAUAGGACUGGGUGGAGGUGGAUUGCCAGGCAUGGAUGUCAGUUCAUUACUGUGCAAUCCUGCUUUCAUGAACAUGGCACGCCAAAUGUUGUCUAAUCCAGAUCUGCAAAAUUUGGUUGGAAAUUUUAUGAGCGCGCAAGUAGAACAGGGAGGACAUAUGGAUACUCUUAUAGAAGCUGGUCAACACUUUGCGAGACAAUUACAGACUGCCAAUCCUGAGCUGAUUGAAACUUUAAGAAGGCAAAUGGGAGGAAAUACCGAAGAUCCAGAUCCAUCGCAAAAAAAUUAAUAUAACUGAUUACCAUACUUUAUAAAGAUUCUACAAAAAAUGGAAAUAAUUAAAAUUAUUUGAGACAUAUAAUAUAGUUAUGGGACAGUGUCUAUGAUUUACUAAUAUAUAAGUAUACAGAUAAAAAUUGUAACAGAUUAACUUGCAUUAUUACAUCUUGACAUGAUAUUCAUAUACAUGUAUUAUAGUAACUUUCCUUCAUUAUUAAGCAAAACAUGCCAGAUUGUGUUUUGGAUGUGUACUGACAAUGUUUCAUAUGCAAACAAUGCAUAAUGAAUAUCGAAGCAUUGUGAAUAUUUUGUGAACCUAGAACAUACGUUGCUUUCUAUGUCACAUAAGAUGAUUUUAAAUAUACUGUAUCUUCAACUGGUUUGUACAAUAUAUUUUUUUUGUUCUGAAAGAA